UUUCAUUCAUGAUUUGCAAAGUUCACAUAGUUUUAGUCGCUUAGAAAAACAAAACACAAUUUCAGAAGGAAUGCUAAGAAACGUCAAUGAAGUUUUGAGCGAUUUCUUUUAUGGCGAAAUUACAUGUUGAAUUUAGAAGGAUAAUUUUAUAAAAAAAAAUUUAUUGAAGUUGUGUUUAAUAAAUUACAGCGACGGAAACAGUUUACCGAGUUUUGUGCCUAAUUUCCCUCUUUUCUCCCCGUUCCAACCCUUCUUUUCUAUUUUAAGUAAAGAUCGAAAAUCAUCUGCUUUUGUCUCGAGAAACGGUUUAAGUGUGGAUUAGUUUUUUUUUUCUUGAACGAAGAUUAUAUAACGGACGACGCGUUAUCUACAGUAAUCGAUAUAUACCAUACAAUUGUUGUGUUGUUAGUGCCUUUUCGCUGGAGAGUGUGAAGAUGGUGAUAUUCGCCAAGGAUAUUAUAGCGUGGACCGGGAAAGGUAUUAAUAAGCUGAGGAAUUGUGAAAGUUACGAACUGUAUGGGAAGAUACCAGUAUGCAAAGGAAUGGAAAAGUUCUCGUCUAUCUUAUUGGAACAGCCCACGGAAACUGGGCGCAUGUUUGAUAACGGACUCUUCCUGGCAUUUGUUUUUGGAUUCUUCUCUUUUCUUAUUACGUCCAUUUAUACGAUAUUUGUGGAGGAUAGCAAGUCACUUAAAGAAAUUAGUAAUAAGGUAAUUAGAACGACGGAUACGAUAGUAACCGUGCUACGGACAAUGUGGACUUUGAAAGUAAGUAAAGAAAGUAACUCGACGCUAGAGCAGGAGCUGAUUGAGAUUAAUAAAAGUAAAGUGCCUAUACAACCCGCAAAUCCCUAUGUUUCCCUUGAAAAAAUGAAGGAAGAAGUAAUUCCCAAAGAAUCUAAAGAGUCAGAAGAAAUUGAGUUUGUUGAGCAAAUCGAAUUUUCACUCAAUGACGAGUGGCACCCGCCCAAAGACGAGGAGAACAAAUCCUAUAUGACGGAAACGCCCGCAGCAAUACCCAUAAUCGAUAACAUUCAGGACAACUGCGAAGUAGAGGCAGCGCGAGAGAUCAAGAAGCCUUCGCCACGGCCGCCUAAAUCCAACAGCGGUCGCGCCAAGAUCCUCGACAAAGACUCCAACCUGCAGGUGUUGUACGAAAAGAAGACUGCUGAGUCGUAUUCGCUACACUCUCGCUACGACGAAAGCUCGAUAUCGCAUCCCGAGGAUUUCAGAGAUUCGAGAUGGUCCAAUGCGAAUUCGACUGGCAGUCGACCGAGCAAGAGGUACCAAACGCCCAAUGCCCCGAAUAAGGACGUACGACGCCAACAUUCCCCCGAUUUUCGUGCCGUGAACAGGCAGCCGUCGCGAAUGAGCUACUUGUCUUACUCGUCGCGAAAAUACAGGCCGAAUAACGAGAGCGGCAAUGAGCUUCCCUCGCGGGGUAUAUUCGACCAACAACGACGACGAGAUAAGGCCAGAACUCGACGGAGCAACAGCACGGAACGCAAUCCGGUGGCCAUGUCGUGGGAUAUGAAGUCGAUGAAUGGCAUGAAGAACCGCACGGUGCGCGGCGACAAGUUCAAUCGGGACAAUCGAACGUCUCUAAUGCCCGAGUAUUCAAGGUAAAUAAAUUGUGUAUCGAAUUGUCAAAUAAAAUGAGUAUUUAUGGAUCUGAAA